GUCUGUGUGAGCUGAACGUCCAUUAAUCAUCACUAUUAGUAACAAUUAUUAACAUUGCCUCCCGAGAUUUUGAGAUCACAAGUGGAAAAGAGGGAGUCAGAGCUGCAAUUGCAUUUCGUAUCCCUGACCACAAAUGCCCUGAUCCUCUGAUACUGUUAUAAAUUAAGUGAGUGCCUUCUGGGAUCGAGUUGUUCAUGAUAUGUAUGUAUUAAUUAAUUUAACUUAAAUCCCAUCAGAUCGAUAGCUUGGGCUGCAACAAGCAGCCAACUACUCAAACAUUACAACAAGUCUCUCUUAAAGAGGCUAAAUCAAAUGGAAACCUGCCAGGCUGGGCCCGAAACAUCCAACUACUCUGCACUAAGAGUCUUACUUAGAUUCUUUAACCAGUCAUUUUCAUGCUGGACCCUUCAAGUUCACUGUAUCCCUCAGGAGAAUGGGUGAAGAUUUGAUUUUUAUCUUCAACUAGUGGAAUGGGGAAUCAUAAAACUUAUGGAGAAACUAAAGGCCAAUACUUCUUUGUAUCUUGCUGUUUGCUGCACUUUGAUACUUUUCUUCUCAAUAAAUUCUUUUGGAGCCGACACCAUAGGUGCAGGACAGUCUCUUAAUGACAGCCAGACCUUAGUUUCACCAGGUCGAAAAUUCGAGCUUGGUUUUUUUAAUCCCGCCAAUUCAAAUGUUCGUUACUUAGGAAUAUGGUAUAGAAAUAUCCCAGUUCGGACUGUUGUCUGGGUAGCUAAUAGAGAUAAUCCCCUUAUAAAUUCUACUGGAUUGUUGACAUUUGAUGAUGAUGGUGGAAUGAUUAUCCUCCUCAACCAAACAGGAAGUAUUAUGUGGUCAUCAGAUUCUCUAUAUGCAGCAAGAGCCCCAGUUGCUCAGCUACUAGACACUGGAAAUUUCAUUUUGAAAGACACUGCGGAUGGCAGCUCCAGAAACUGCAUAUGGCAGAGUUUUGAUUAUCCAUCCGAUACAUUGUUACCAGGUAUGAAACUUGGUUGGAACAGGAAAACUGGCCUAAAUCGAUAUCUGACAUCUUGGAAAAGCCCAACUGAUCCCUCUUCAGGAAACUGUACAUAUGCUUUGGAUCCUGGUGGGCUUCCCCAGCUUGUUCUUCGUAAAGGAUCCACAAGGCAGUUUCGUACUGGGCCAUGGUAUGGCACUCAGUUUAGUGGUUUACCAGCUCUCUUGGCGAAUCCAGUUUUCCAACCUAAAUUUGUCUCCAAUGAUGAUGAGGAAUAUUACUCUUUCGUAACCACAGGUAAUAUCAUAUCAAGAUUUGUUUUGAGUCAAUCAGGCUUUGCCCAGCACUUCUCCUGGAAUGAUAGACGCUCUAGUUGGAACCUCAUGUUCACAGUACAAAGAGAUCGGUGUGACAAUUAUGGCUUGUGUGGUGCUUAUGGUAUUUGUAACAUUAGCAAUUCCACCACUGUUUGUGAAUGUAUGAAGGGCUUUAAACCUAGAUCACGCAGUGAUUGGGAAAUGCUAGAUUGGUCUGGUGGAUGUACUCCAAAAGAUAUGCAUGUUUGUAGAAAUGGAGAAGGAUUUGUAAAAUUUACUGGAAUGAAAAUGCCGGAUGCAUCAGAAUUUUUGGUGAAUGUGAGUGAAAGUGUCAAAGACUGCAAGACUAAGUGCUUGAAAAAUUGCUCCUGCAUGGCUUAUGCUAAGUUGGAUAUUAAUGGUACUGGCAGUGGUUGUGUGAUUUGGACUGGAGAGUUGAUUGAUACAAGAGAAGUAGGUGAGUAUGGGCAAGAUAUUUAUGUAAGGGUGGCAGCUACAGAAUUAGAGUCAAAUGCUGUUAUGGAUGCUAAGCAAAAGAAUAUAGCAAUUACUGCUGCCAUAUCAGCAUUUUCGGCAGUGAUCAUCAUAGCUUUGAUUAGUUCAUUCAUGAUCUGGAUGAAGAGAAGUAGAAUGGCCGAUCAAACAGAUAAUGAAGUCAUCGAUAGCAGAGUUGAAGGUCAGAGGGAUGACCUUGAACUCCCAUUAUAUGAAUUUGCCUCCAUCCAAGUUGCCACCAACAACUUUGCUUUAGCCAAUAAGAUUGGAGAAGGUGGAUUUGGCCCUGUUUACAAGGGCGAGUUACAAUGUGGACAAGAAGUAGCUGUGAAACGACUUGGGCAGAAUUCUGGACAGGGUCUCAGAGAGUUCAAGAAUGAGGUGAUUUUGAUCUCCAAACUUCAACACCGGAAUUUGGUCAAGCUUCUUGGUUGUUGCAUCCAAGGAGAAGAAAGAAUGUUAAUCUAUGAGUACAUGCUGAACAGAAGCUUAGACUCCUUAAUUUUUGCAGAUGAAACAACACGCCCUAUGCUCAACUGGCAAAAGAGAUUGGACAUCAUCAUUGGGAUAGCUAGGGGACUUCUUUAUCUACAUAGAGAUUCGAGAUUGAGAAUAAUCCACAGGGAUCUCAAAGCCAGUAAUGUUCUGUUAGAUAAUCAAUUAAAUCCCAAAAUCUCAGAUUUUGGAAUGGCAAGAAUGUUUGGUGGAGAUCAGACAGAAGGAAACACAAAGAGGAUAGUUGGAACUUAUGGUUAUAUGCCUCCAGAAUAUGCAAUAGACGGAAACUUCUCAAUUAAAUCUGAUGCCUUCAGUUUUGGUGUUAUACUGUUGGAGAUAGUGAGUGGUAAAAGAAACCGUGGAUUUUUCCGUCCAGAACACAAACUCAAUCUUCUGGGGCAUGCAUGGAAGUUAUGGAGCGAAGCUAAGGCCCUGGAAUUAGUGGAUGAAUUGCUGGAGAAUGAGUUCCCUGUGUCUGAAGUGCUAAGAUGCAUACAAGUUGGGCUUUUGUGCGUUCAACACCGGCCAGAGGAGAGGCCAACAAUGGCAACUGUGCUCCUGAUGCUGGAUACUGAAAGCACAUUCUUACCUCAACCUGGGCAUCCUGGUUUCUAUGCUGAAAGGUGUCUUUCAGAGACAGAUUCAUCAUCUAUUGGAAAUUUGAUUUCUAAUGAAAUGACGGUAACACUGUUAGAGGGCCGCUAGGAUAUGUGUUUCUGCUAUAGGUCUCUUGUUAGAGGGUCGCAUUUCGGCUCCCUUUCAGUAUUAUUCUACUAGUUUCCUAUGGUAGCUUCAGAUGCAUUCAAAAUGUGUACUUGAGUAGAAGUAUAUGCGGUCAACCGUGCCAACUGUUGUUUUCUUGUCAAGUAGUAGGGAGAGUUCUAAAGACGAUUUAGUUACUACCGUGAUUGUAGUGGAUUUUCCGAAAUAAUUAUUUUCUAAUGGGAAGUGUCAGAAUUUGCUGCGA